AUGGCACAAAGUAAGCUUAACGAUAUGGCGGGCAAAUUUGCCAAGGGUGGACCUCCUGGCCUGAACGCUGGAAUCAAAGUAGUGGCCGUUCUAGGUGCGGCAGCUUAUGGUAUCUCACAAUCCUUGUUUACCGUUGAAGGUGGUCACCGUGCCAUCAUGUUCAACCGAAUAGGAGGUAUACAGCAACACGUUAUGAGUGAAGGUAUGCACUUCCGCAUUCCUUGGUUCCAGUACCCCAUCAUUUACGACAUCAGGUCCCGACCUCGCAAGAUUUCAUCACCUACUGGAUCUAAGGAUUUGCAAAUGGUUAAUAUUUCCUUGAGAGUAUUGUCCCGUCCCGAUGCGAGCUCUCUCCCUACCAUGUACAGACAGCUCGGUACUGACUAUGAUGAAAAAGUAUUGCCUUCAAUUUGUAAUGAAGUACUGAAGUCUGUGGUUGCAAAAUUCAAUGCAUCACAGCUGAUUACUCAGCGUCAACAAGUCUCGCUUUUGAUCAGAAGAGAGCUGGUGGAACGUGCUGCUGAUUUCAAUAUUAUUCUGGAUGAUGUAUCUCUGACUGAAUUGAGCUUCGGUAAAGAAUACACAGCGGCUGUUGAAGCUAAGCAGGUAGCCCAGCAGGAAGCUCAGCGUGCUGCUUUCGUAGUAGAAAGAGCCAAGCAAGAGCGUCAACAAAAAAUUGUACAAGCUGAGGGAGAAGCUGAAGCAGCGGAAAUGUUAGGAAAAGCAAUGGGAAUGAACCCUGGUUACCUGAAAUUAAGGAAGAUCCGUGCUGCACAAAGCAUUUCUAGAAUGAUUGCCCAGUCUCAAAACCGUGUAUUCCUUCCUGGCAACAGCUUGAUGAUCAACCUCCAGGACCCUACCUUUGACGACUUGUCUGAGAAGCUGACUAAGAAGAAGUAA